AUUCUGUUACGUAUUUAAGAUACUUUGUGUGGCAAAUCGAACGUCCUUUUUUGCUUGUCGGAUUCUUCAGUUUUACUCCCAGACAUGGCUGUAUCUGCAGAAAACGAAGGGACUAUCUACCAGUUCAAUGUUAACACGAUUGAUGGGGAACAAGUAUCUAUGGAAAGAUAUCGGGGUUUUGUUACCCUAAUCGUUAACGUUGCUUCAAAGUGAGGCUUAACCGAUAUGCACUAUCGCCAGCUUCAGGAGCUGCACACGCGCCUGUCUGGCAAAGGCCUCCGCAUUUUGGGCUUCCCUUGUAAUCAGUUCGGUGCACAAGAACCGUGGCCAGAACCCGAAAUCAAACGUUGGGUUACAGACAAUUACCAUGUAGAAUUUGAUAUGUUCGGCAAAAUUGAUGUCAAUGGCCCUGAUGCCCAUCCACUUUAUAAGUUUUUGAAAAAGGUACAAAGUGGUCCUGUCAUAGAAGCCAUCAAAUGGAAUUUCGCUAAGUUUCUGGUUGACCGCAACGGUAGGCCUGUCCACCGAUAUCCUCCUAAAAUGGAACCCUUCGAAAUUGAGAAAGACAUCGUUGAACUCCUGGAGCAGUAGGCUGGCCCUGCGACUGCAUCCCUCGGUUUUCUAUUAUCCGGAUUCCUACCAAUGACGGCAGCAUCCACAAGCCAUUCCUAUGGCUGGCUGCUGCUCGAUGUUCUCGAGAUUGUGUGCACUCGAUAUAGGAGUUUUUGGAUCCAUUGGAGCCGUUGGUUGCUUUACGUGUACCUUUCCUUAUAUUCCCUCCACAACCUGUCGUUCAAUAUUUUCAUCAUUUUGCUUUGCCCCGCCAAUUUAUACUUAUUUGUAAACAAUCAACCUAAUGGAAACUUUUCUGCUAGCUGCUAA